AUGCCACAAAACGAAACUACUGCACUGCGCCAAACGGCGACGUCCGACCUCGACGAGUUGGAGGUCCAAGCAGAGGAAACAGUGACCACUGGUCACGAUCAGGCUGAAACAAGUCGACAUGGCGUGAAAACAAAAAGGGCUUGUGUUCUCAUCGGCUCUGGGAUAAUUCAAUUGCCAAUAUGGGGAUUCGCAAUGAGCUACGGCGUCUUCCAGGAGUACUUCACCAGCAACUGGUCCCUGAGCGGCAGCAACGAGAGCACGGGCGUGAUCGGCACGACGUUCAACGGCAUAAUCUACAUCUCGAUGCCAUUCCUCUUCGCGCUGUUCACCAAACGAUGGGCUCGCUGGCGGCAGACGGCCGCGCUGUGCGGCAGUCUUCUCACCUGCGCCAGCUUCCUCCUCUCGUCGCUGAGCAGCGACGUGUGGCACCUGGUUGCGACGCAGGGCGUACUGGCGCCGCUGGGCUGCGCCCUCGUCUUCAGCCCGGCCACGCUGUCCCUAGGCGAGUGGUUCGGGGCGGGCGGCAACCGCGCGCUCGCGUACGGCGUGACGCUAUCGUGCAAGAACAUCGUCGGCUCCGCGUGCCCGUUUCUGCUGCGCGCGCUGCUCGACAGGUUCGGCUUCCGCACGGCGGUGAGGGUCUGGGCGGCCAUCGUCGCCGCGACCAGCAUCCCCGCCAUCCUGCUGAUCCCGACGCACCCGUCCAGCCUCGAAAUGGGCCGCCCGGGCGCGCCGCCGCGGUCACGCCGCCUCCCGUGGCACUUCCUCCGCCACAGGACCAUCUACGUCUACGCCGGCGCUAUCCUGCUCCAGAGCGCUGGGUACGGCAUCCCGCAGACGUACCUCAAUACUUAUGCGCACGACGUCGCCGGCCUGUCACAGGCGUCGGCCACGCUGCUGCUGACCGUGUUCAACUUGCCGGGCAUCGUCGCGUCGUCCUUCUUCGGCUUCCUGUGCGACAACAAGCGCCUCGCGCUCUCGGCGGCGACGGUGACAUUGAUCCCUGCUGUCGGGUCGGCGCUGGCCGCGUUCCUGUUCUGGGGACUUACCUCGCAGGGCAGCAUGGCCCUGCUGGUGUUGUUCUCAGUCACGUUUGGUUUCUUCGCGGGCGGGUACUCCGCGACAUGGGGCAGCGUUCUGAACGAGCUGGAGGGCGAGGCCAGGGACAGCAACGAGGCGGUUGACACGGGGAUGCUCUAUGGCCUCCUAAACGGCGCGAGGGGCAUUGGGUAUGUCAGUGGCGGCCUGAUUGGGCUGCCUCUGCUCAGGGCUGGGGGCCAGGCUUCGAUGGGGGCGUUUGGCUACGGCACGACGUAUGGGCCGCUGAUUGUGUUCACGGGCCUAUCCUCGGUGCUUGGGGGCUGGGCUGUCUUGUGGAGGUCGCACAAGUUGAUGACUUUCUUGUGA